AUGGCUGAAAACAUGAUCACUACUACAAUGUCGCAACCUGGCGUAUCACCGAGUAAAUCCGGGGAAGUAGCUCCUACGAGCAUCAACCCCGCGGCAACAUCUACGCCGCCUCGACCCCCCAGAGUUCCCUACCACCAGAUCUACAAGCUCCCUGCGCCAAUUCGUACCUUUCCGCUGCCUACCUUCUACCCCAGCAACCCCCUUUCUCUCUUUCACCUUGCCUUCGCGUGGUUGAGACAAGUGUUGUUGCCUCCGCCCGCCGAACCAUCAGUGAUACAUGAGGGAAUCUGGGAUCCCGAUACUCGCUCCGUACACGUUAAGGACCCUAAGUCCAUCCGCGCCUUCUGGGAACAGGGCUUCUAUGGAAAAGGAAGCUUGAGUCGUAGUGAACCCAACUGGUUUAAGAGAGAGCUGAGCCGCCGCGGUCUUGACGCGACAACGGUCAGCGAAGAACGCACCGUGUCACGCCGUGAAGAACGCAAGCAGGUCAAAUGGGAAAGAGCAAAGGCAGAGCUGGAGGCCAUCGAGAAACAAAAGCUCGAGGAAGCCCAGCUUGACAGUGAACCUGUGAAUGCUGCUGUCCCAGAGUCUCUUGCCGCCGAGGUUGAGCCCAAGCCUGCUGUUCUACCCGCCUCUCUUCCUGAUCCUGUUCUCUCUGUCACUUCAACCGCUUCAUCAUCCCAGCCUGCAACUACGGACGAGUAUGUUCCCAAGACAGUAGCACAUGGAUCUAUCGUCGAGCACAAAGCUCCAGUCGGCCCCCUGGAGCUUCUCGCCCUUCCCAACUCGUAUGCUCGUGUCCGGGGCGAGGAGCCGGUCCUUUCGCAGCCUGAGUCGACAAUCACUGAAGAGAACGUGCGCAAGGAAUUCAAGCCGCCUGUUGGUCCCAUUGAGUUGUUGGCUCUCCCCAAUUCUCUGGCCGAUCUUGUCGCACUAUCAGUCGUAUCCGUCUUGAGCGAGGAAAUCGGUAUUGAUGAGGAUGGGUCUUCAGAGGAUCAGGUGGAGGCAAGUGCCUUGACCAACGACGAACCCGAGACCAGCGCAACCGAAGUCAACGAUACAGCCUCUUCCGAGAAAGAGCGCCGCUUCUCCCCCACCGUCGAGUCUACCAUCUUCCAGCACACCGAUGCAGCCUCUGAAGUCAAGAACAACAACGGCUCGUCUGACACUGAAGCCAUCUCUUCCGCUCUUCCUGCCGUCGAAAAGCCCGUCAUCUCCGAUGUCGUACCUGCCGUUUAUUCCGAGGAGUUGGUUGACAAGGAACACUUCCAGUUGGCCCCCGAGGAGGCCUUCUUCUUGGCCUUUGGCCUCGGUGCUCUUCGCGUUGUUGACCCAGUCACCAAGGCUCCCAUCUCAAACGAGCAGCUUCUCGCCAACCUUCGUGCCAACUCUUAUUUUCCCCCGCGGUCCGUCGAUAACCUCAGUCCCGAGGAUCCCUUCCUCGUACAAUACGCCGCUUAUCACCACUUCCGCUCCUUUGGCUGGGUGCCCCGUCACGGUAUCAAGUUUGGCGUCGACUGGAUCAUUUACCAGCGCGGCCCGGUUUUUGACCAUUCCGAGUUCGGUAUCAUGGUGGUGCCCUCGUUCUCCGACCCUCGGUGGAGCGAGUACGAGCACGAGGAGUCCAAGAAGAGCUGGUCUUGGCUGAUGGGUGUCAACCGUGUGUUGGCCCAUGUGCUCAAGAGCUUGGUUCUCGUCUAUGUUGACGUGCCGCCUCCGCCGGUGUUCGACGAGGAAAUGAAAAAGGGCGGUAUUGCGGCUGCCCUCAAGAAGUUCACGAUCCGUGAGGUUAUGGUUAGGCGGUUCUCUGUCAACCGCAACAGGUAG